UUUUGAUUCUCGACUCAUUCUUUACGGUCUAUUGUUAUCCAACGGGGCCUGCCAGUUGCAUAUAAAGAACUAUUGCCCUCUCGGUUGGGAGAGAAGACCUUCAUUAUUUAUUAGUCCAGUUCAAUGCCCUCUGGCUCUUCUGGUGUCCCUCCAAUUUCUUGAAGCCUUGGAGGAAUCACAAUCGGAGGCAAUCGUUUCAGUGAUUGAGGUGGGAGUGCCUGCUUGCUGCGGAGGUUGCACGAACUCUAUUGUGAUUCCGUAAAAGAUUUUACAUCAGCUGCUUAUUCCAUGGCGACAAUUGCGGGGCUAACCAUGGCAGUAAAUGUCAAGGAGAUGUUGCAAAGCGUCACGGGACUGAGGCAGCAAGCACAGUGCAACAACCAGCUACUAGCAUCCCGUGUGUCGCUCCACAAGAAUUCCUUGGAAACUCGUCGCCAGCCAGUUUGCAGCCGGAGGCACUCCGUGGUGAUGAACGUGACCACCACGCAUUCAUCAUCCCCCGCUGUGACACAAACUCUGUCUGAGCAAAGCAAUCAGAGUCGCAACCCUGAUCUUGCUACCGUCUUGGUGUCUGAGAAACUCGGAGAUGGCGGGCUUGACAUCUUGCGCAAGGUUUCUAAUGUUGAUUGCAUCUACAACCUCACCAACGAGGAACUCUGCGCCAAGAUCUCGGACUACGACGCCCUGAUCGUGCGCAGUGCUACCAAAGUCACUCGUAAGGUCUUCGAGGCUUCGAAAGGCAAACUAAAGGUUGUGGGCAGAGCUGGUGUAGGGAUCGAUAAUGUGGACCUCGAAGCAGCAACUGAAUUGGGCUGCCUGGUUGUUAAUGCGCCCACAGCCAAUACUGUCGCUGCUGCAGAGCAUGGAAUCGCUCUCCUCACGGCCAUGGCGCGUAAUGUUGCACCAUCAGACUCCUCCAUGAAAAGUGGCAAAUGGGAGCGCAACAAGUAUGUGGGAGUUUCUUUGGUUGACAAGACCUUGGCCGUGAUGGGAUUUGGUAAGGUGGGUUCUGAAGUAGCUCGCAAAGCCAAGGGCUUAGGAAUGCACGUCAUCUCCCACGACCCUUACGCGUCCGCCGACCGCGCACGUGCAAUAGGCGUGGAGCUCGUGAGCUUCGACGAUGCACUCGCUCGCGCUGACUUCAUCUCGCUCCACAUGCCUCUGACUCCCACCACAAAGAAGGUUUUCAAUGACGAUACAUUCCGGAAAUGCAAGAAGGGUGUCCGUCUCGUCAAUGUGGCACGCGGAGCUGUCAUUGACGAAGAGGCGUUGUUGCGUGCCUUGGAUUCUGGGAUCGUGGCGCAGGCCGCAUUGGAUGUGUUCGCGGUGGAGCCACCAAAGGGAGGCGACAGUUCGUUUGCCCUGGUACAGCACAAGAAUGUGAUUGCUACUCCCCAUCUUGGGGCCAGUACUGUUGAAGCCCAGGAAGGCGUGGCCCUGGAGAUUGCUGAAGCUGUGGCAGGAGCGCUGGCAGGUGACCUCGCAGCAACUGCUGUGAACGCACCCAUGGUACCCGCGGAGGUAAUCGCCGAGCUCACCCCGUAUGUGGUUUUGGCAGAGAAGCUGGGAAGGCUCACUGUGCAGUUGGUAUCGGGUAGUGCCGGAGUGAAGCAGGUGAAGGUGGUGUACAAAUCUUCCCGGGACGACGGCGAUUUGGACACCAGGCUAUUGAGGGCCAGGAUCUCGAAGGGGUUGAUCGAGCCCGUGUCGGACGCAAUCAUCAAUUUGGUGAAUGCAGAUUAUGUGGCCAAGCAGCGGGGUUUGAAGAUUAGUGAGGAGCGGGAGCCAGCUGAUGGUGAGAGCGGAGUACCACUGGAGAGUGUGUCCGUUACAAUUCAAGAUGUAGAGUCAAAAUUCGCCAGCGCAAGAGGGGAUCACAGCCGGAGCAUCACCUUGGAGGGCAAGGUGAAGGACGGUGUGCCCCAUCUUAGCAAGGUCGGAAACUUCAGUGUCGACGUGAGCUUGGACGGCAAUGUCAUCUUGUACCGGCAGGUAGACCAGCCAGGCAUGAUCGGGAAAGUGGGUUCCAUUUUGGGUGAGGACAAUGUGAACAUUUCAUUCAUGAGCGUGGGCCGAACCCUGCGCGGCCAGGCCGCUAUUGUUGCCAUUGGCACGGACGAGGACGUGAGCGACGCCACCAUCCAGAAGUUGAAAGAGCUUCCUGCGAUUGAAGAGCUGGUGUUUCUUCGGCUUUGAGUUUCUCCCGAAUGUAAUUAAGUGUAGAUUGUUCACUCCUUUGUAAGCCAAGAUGUAUAUUAUCCAGGAUAGGUUUCACCCAUCACAUAAUGUUGUGAACAGCGCAAGCAUCUUGAGGUAAUCCCACGAAAUCCUACACAAUACAUAGGAGACAUUGGCACUUUGCUCUCAAUUAGGUAGAAGGUCUUGAAAAGUGACUGACUGAGUGGCCAUCAGCGUCGUGCACCUUUGUUGUUGGAGGUGGCGGCAACUCUUUGUUUAGAGUGUUCAUUUGUAAGAGUUAGGUAUAUUCUAUAUAUGAAAACAACACUAAUUGUCAAAGUUUGCGACCUUUUC